AUUGACGAGUCCGCCGUUUAGACUACGGUGUGCCGUGAUUCUCUUCGAUUCAAGUGUGACUCGAAGCAUUAUCCACCAUGACCGACCCCGCCUUGCAAAUCCCCGAAGUCAUCCAGACGGCCUCAAUCAACCCGGAGCCGUCUGCGGAACACGACGUCAAUCCUCCAACUGCGGCCUCCGAGAAGCAACCCGUCGUGGAGCAUGCGCCCUCAGAGGCAGGCAGUAUCCCUUCCGAUAUCGUUGACCCCCAUCGAUUGGUCAAGCCUAUCUCGCGGCGGCACCAACUUCCCCCGCUGCCUGAUCUGCGGUUCGAACAGAGCUAUCUCGCCAGCUUGCGGGGAGCUGAUACCUGGGGCCGAGUGGCAUGGAUCACGAUUAGAGACCAGGUCCUCCUUCCUCUGAUCCAAGGGACCGUCUGGACUCUGGCCCUCUCUGGCUGGCGGUUCUGGAACCGCAACGCGUCCCUCAGUGGACAAACCCUCGGUAGCAAGAUACGGAGAUGGUGGUACGAUGUGAACAACUGGAAGCUUCCUCCCCUCAGGCCGUCUAAGAACCCUCGCCUGGCUGCGAGCGUGGAAGACUUUUUGCAGUUCUACACGGCCCAGUUCUCAAAUGCGGGUGCGGACUAGGCUUCCUGGUCUACGAAUCAUUUGGUUACUACUAAAUAUAUUAUAUGGUUGUAAGUCAGCAUUUCGGGUGUUCAGCGUACGGCGUUCAGAACAGCAAGCAUUCAGCUUGGCUUGGGCUUUCCUUUCAUACACACUUCCGGCUUCACUGAAUCUUGAGAGAUCUCAUGCACCUGUCGUUCAUCUCAAGCUUGCAAUUUCAGUAAUGUACAUAGCGCAUAGGCCCAGCAAGCGGUUCAUAUCGAAUCUCAUGUUGUAAGACAGAU